CUCACGAGGAGUCGUGAGUGUUGUCCGAGCGAGCACUCGUGUCGUCCCGUGCGAGCCUCAAACCCAGCAGCUGGUAGUGUUUAACGUCUUGUUUCGAGCGUUUCAACGGUAACAAGUAAAAAGAAGGAGGAUGGAUCCGCUGGUAGCUGCUAUUGACCAGGGCACGAGCUCGACAAGGUUUCUGGUGUUCAAUGCAAAAACAGCUGAGCUGAUGAGUCACCACCAAGUAGAGAUCAACCAGAGUUUCCCCAAGGAGGGCUGGGUGGAGGAGGACCCCAAAGAGAUAAUGCAGUCUGUGUAUGAGUGCAUGGAGAGGACCUGUGACAAACUCUGCCAGCUCAACAUCAACAUUUCCAACAUAAAAGCGGUGGGAGUGACCAAUCAGAGAGAGACGACCCUAGUUUGGGACAAGGUGACAGGAGAGCCACUCUACAACGCUAUUGUUUGGUUGGACCUGCGCACACAGUCAACAGUAGAGUCUCUCAUCGACAAAGCGCCGGGCCAAAACAAGAACCACCUCAAGCACAAGACAGGCCUUCCCAUCAGUACCUACUUCAGUGCAGUGAAGCUGCGUUGGCUGCUGGACAAUGUGGAUAAAGUGCGAGAGGCAGUACGGAAUGAGCGCGCCAUGUUUGGCACAGUGGACUCCUGGAUCAUCUGGUGCCUGACAGGGGGAAAGAAUGGAGGGGUCCACUGUACAGACGUCUCAAAUGCUAGUCGCACCAUGCUCUUCAACAUUCACAGCAUGGACUGGGAUCCUGAACUCUGCAGGUACUUUGAUGUCCCGAUGGAAAUCCUCCCCAAAGUCAGGAGCUCCUCUGAAAUAUACGGCUGUAUGAAAUCCGGCUCUCUUGCAGGAGUUCCAAUCUCUGGGUGUCUCGGUGACCAGUCAGCUGCCCUGGUUGGUCAGAUGUGUUUCCAGGAAGGCCAGGCCAAAAACACGUACGGGACCGGUUGCUUCCUGCUCAGAAAUACAGGGACCAAGCCUGUGAUGUCAGACCACGGCCUGCUGACCACAGUUGCCUACAAACUGGGGAAAGAUGAGCCUGCUUGCUAUGCGCUGGAGGGUUCAGUAGCCAUCGCAGGAGCUGUGGUGCGGUGGCUGAAGGACAAUAUGGGCAUCGUGCAGUCCUCCUCAGAGAUUGAGAAGCUAGCAGCUGCUGCAGGCACUUCUUACGGCUGUUACUUUGUGCCGGCUUUCUCAGGGCUCUAUGCCCCCUACUGGGAGCCCAGUGCAAGAGGCAUCAUCUGUGGGCUCACUCAGUUCACCAACAGGAACCAUUUGGCCUUUGCUGCUCUUGAGGCCGUCUGCUUUCAGACCAGAGAGAUCCUUGAUGCGAUGAACCAGGACAGCGGCAUCCCUCUGACGCAGCUACAGGUGGAUGGAGGCAUGACGUCCAACAGGUUACUGAUGCAGCUGCAGGCAGACAUACUCUGCAUUCCCGUAGUGCAACCCAGCAUGUCGGAGACCACAGCUCUGGGUGCAGCCAUGGCAGCAGGAGCAGCAGAGGGGGUGGGCGUGUGGAGCCUGAGACCCAGUCAUCUCCCACACAUCACAUCUGAGAAAUAUGAACCUCAGAUUAACUGUGACGAGAGUGAGUUCCGCUUUGCUCGGUGGAAGAAAGCUGUUCAGAGAUCCAUGAACUGGGAGACCACAGAGCCAUGCUGCAAUACUAACGGUUUAGGAAAGAAGAUGAACGGCACCCCCUGGGGGGUUCCUUUCACCCCUCCCCCCACCAGAGCAGACCCCUAAGAUCACCAGCCGUGACUGCCGUAUAAGACCUUCAUGGGAACAUGGAACCUACUGUGGAACAAGACUGGAAGAGGAAAUGUGCUCACGCUGAAUAAAGGACUUGACUGCUGCAUGAUGAGAUAUGCAGUCAUUCUGAGGGACACACAGCCCUGCUAGUAGUAAUAUAGCUGUGACAUGACUAAAAACAGUUCACCAACCUCAAGUGCCAGCCAGAAUGAAGACUGCCACGAACUGUGGAGCUUUUUGAAGCGACAAUGGAACCAUUCUUGAUGGGAGUUUCUUUCAUCUACCUUUUCUGAAAAGGGGAAGGUGUUCUUAAUUGCCUUUUUAACUUUUACAGUAAAGCAUAGGAAAACUCAGGUGUUUGUAGGACAGUCGCACUAUUGUACCUCAUUACUGAAACAAAAGGUGAUACUGUAAUGUUUUUUUUUUUAACUAUGUUCUGUAAAUUUGGUGUGUACUUUUUACUCCUCAACUCUGGGAUGAAUGAGAGAAGUAGGACUAAUUCAGUUCUUGAAAAAGGUUACUGGUCAGCUUACGUCCUGUUUAAGUGGGGUUUGCUCUUGGAGCAACUAAAGAUGAGUGAGACACUUUGUCCUUAGAGUUACUUCAACUUCUUUGGAUUGAGUGGGAAAAGUGCUAAUAUGUUUUAACAGGUUUCCUGUUGCAUUCAGUUCUGACAUCAGGCGGACACUUUGCAGGCUCUCAACAGCACUUUAUAUUUAUCCAGUGUAUGGAGAGGGUGAUUUUGGGAGCAUUGCAUGUUUUUUAAAGGGGAAUGUAGUGUUUUUAACUAGAUUGUUUUUAAGAAUGGAAGUUCAUCAUGGCUUAGUCAGUGCUAACACUAAAGGGAAACCCUCAUACAAUCCAUUUAGUAAAUCAAAGCAUCAAAACAUUUUGAUUUUGUCCUAACAAUUUUACAUCGAGUCAGUGGUAUGUGAGCACAUGCCUAAGACAGCACCAUCAUGCAUGUUCAGUGAUAAAAAUCUUUAAGCUCACUUUAAUUUAGAAUGAAUCAUUUGUGUUAAAGUAGUAUAUUUACUAAGUCUGUAAAUCUGGCACAGUGUGCUUAUCAAAUGUCUUCCAACAAAGUUUUUUUUGACUGCAUGUAUGUCCCAAGUCUGUGAUAUUGAAAUUAUGAGUUUACAGAUACCAAAUAUGCAAUUGUGUGCCUUGUGUCUAAGAUUCAACCAUUUUAUCAUGAGACUAAAUAUAGUACAAUAUGAAAAACUCAUUUUCCAGCAAAAUGGUGUGACUUUUUUUUUUUUUUUUUUUUUGUUAAGUUCUUCAGAUUUGUCCUUUGGCAAGCCCAGAGAACACUUCCAUUAAAAUAAAGUUAAAAUUUCAGUUGUGGGCACAAAGGGGUUAAAGGGGCUGUAUGCAAAAUUCAUAGUCUGAGUUGUGUGCACAUAGUUCUUAACAUUAAGGGGACUGAGCCAGUGGCUAGCGGCUAACGGUGCUAACUACAUGAACUCCCAACAAUAAUGGUGUUAACUAGGUGACUGGAUGAUGGGCACUAUACCUCUAAUCAUAUCAGUGGUAACUGCUAUGUGAUUAGCUAGCCAUCACACAUGCCAAACCGCUGAUACCAUUUUUCUACCUACAUGAAACUGGUUCUGCUCUGGUUACUGUGCCUAAUUUUUAAUCAUUCAGAGCAUUUCGACCAAAAACAAAUUGGUUCAGAACCCAGAAUAGUUGGUUCUAAGCUGGAACCAAAAGAAGCAGGUUUUCUUGACUUAAAGCACAAAUCGUAACAUUAGCAGGUGUGUAAUAAUCUACAGCUAGAAAAGAGAGGAGGGAACAGGCAAAAUCAUGGAGAGGGCAAGUGAGAAAGACCAAAAAGAGCUGCAGUGGUCCCAUUUAUAGUUGGGCAUGCUUUUUUAGGGUAAAAAUAUCUAGUAUCAGAACAAAAGUUUGCAGGUAAUCAGUGUAAUUCACAAUUGCUACUACUCCACUACUCUGGAUGUACAUUAUGCAACACCCUCCGGCUACGGCACAUCUUGAUUACACUGGUUCUGCCCAAAACUGAUGGAAAUGCAGGCUGGUUCGCCACAUAUCACCAAGGUUCCAAGAAUCCUGAACGGAACAGGUUCAAGAACCAGAGCUAAUAUGGUGGAAAAGGAGUACGAAAAGCUCUGAUUACAACACACAGAAGAAGCAUGAUUUCAUUCUGUGCUCAGGACGCCAUUAUUCCACUAUAUCCUUACGCAACAAAUGGUGGUUAGCUGCUAUAUUAAUGCUCUGAAUGUUGCAUACAGAACUUUUAAACUAUAGGGAACAUUUGGUUACUGUAUAUAUUUCUGAUGACUGAUUUACUUCAAAAGGUGUGUGUUUAACAUUGUAAUGUGUAGCUAAUUAUCCCUGAUCCUAUCUGUGUGCCUGCCAGUUGCUUUGUUUGACGACAUGCAUAGGAAAAGUCCUUCAGCUCUGCAGGAAUGUAUUGAUGCUGUAAUAAUAUGAUGUAUAAUAAAAAACAAACAUCAGCA